AUGACAGAAAAGCUUGUUUUUGAAAUUUCAAUACCAUCAACCAGGAAAGUAAAGGGGCAUACAGAGUACCAGUUUAUUCUGAUAACAAAUAUGCCCGAGCUAUCGUCUGCAUACACAAGGACUUAUAAGCGAUACUCUGAGAUUUUGAAGCUUCAUGAAAAAAUUUCCAGAGCUUUUCCAAAGCUGCCUGAAUUUCCGGGGAAGAGAUGGUUUGGAAAGACGGAUCCAGUGCUUAUUGAAAAUAGAAGAAAGCUGUUUGAAGCAUAUUUUAACUACAUUUUUGAGUUUAUUGCCAAGAAUAAUUUGGGAGGUGAAUGUUUCGCUAAGGAAGUUUUUACUUUUUUUAAUAAAUGA